CCAUGCGGAAGCUUCUAUCUGCUUCACAGUCCCAUACAUCAUACCCUUUCUGCGAUCCAGGGAGUGGGCAAGGCUAUUCGGACUGUCAUGGCACGUAUUGCCGGAAUUCACGAGUUUAAAGAUGCAAUGGAGAUGAGAAUGAGGGCGCUUGACAUGCAGCUGGAAGCGGCUGAGAGGAGACGAGUGGCAGAAAUGAGGGAGAUGAGAGGGCAGGUGGAGGAGAGGGAGAGAGAGCUGGCUGAGCACAAGGACGUUAUGGUAGAGGCUGACAGAAGAAGAGAAUUGGUUCUGAGAGAGCUACGGCAGGAGGCUAGAAAGGGAGAGGAUGAAAUGAGAGCGGCGUUGGCAAGGGAGAGGGAGGAGAGGAGGAGGGAGGUGCAGGAGUUGAAUCUGCCACGUGCCAUGGAGGAAUUAGCAGCCUGCAAGGAAUGGCAGAGGAUACAAGACAUGAAGAUGAAUGUUGAGCUGGAAAUCAGCAAGAGUGAAGGUCCUUGGAAGACUGCAUGGGAG